AUGUCUUUCAUCGACAAGAACACGCCCGCCCACAUCAAAGGCAUAGUCAUUCUCACCACCGGCGUCUCCGCGGGCAGCCUAGGCAGCCACUUCGUGCAGUCCAUCGCAGCCGCCGGACCAAGACGCCUCAUCCUCGCCGGUUGCAACAGGAGCAAAAUCCAGCAGACAGCUGACGAGAUCAAGGCCUGGCAUCCAAGCGUCGAGACCCGCCUCCUCGAGAUCGAUCUAGCCUCCUUGGAUAGCGUCCGGCAGGCAGCGUCGCAGAUCAACUCGUGGGAUGAUAUCCCUGCGAUCGAUGUAGUGGUCAACAACGCCGCGGUUAUGGCGACGGAGUAUGCGCUUUCGGCGUAG